CAGCUAUUUAACCAGUUCAGAUUGCAGCUACUGACUUUACUAGUAUGGAUUUGAAUUUAAACUUAAAUUUGAUCGACAUAUCUUAUCACUUACAUUGCCAUUAUCCAUCAAGUGAACAGAAGAGAGCUCUGCCCUUGACCCCACCCCCUUCUCAUACUAACACCAUCCCGAUGGGACGAUAUCCUUAUGGCGAGCAUAUCCUUCGGUAUACUCAAAGUUGAUGUGCAUGCUAGGGCGGUAGUCCUACUGUUACACCCGGUGGCAUUUACAUGAUAAAUUGCACUUAUGUCGUCCUUCAUUGGACCGGGGGAGAAUAGGCAGGAAGCGCCAGGGGAGAAGCAAAGGCAUGGAUAUUAAGCUCGUCCCUGAACUGUCUUGCACUACUUAUAUGAGACUGUGUAGCGUUGGCUGUACUACUGUCCGUCGGUAGAUGUAAUGCAAUGCUGAUGAUAGUGUGCAUUUUUUCUGUUAACUAGGGGUUGUGUGGUUGAGAUAUUGUCCAUUUAAGUUGGACUUCCUGCCCUUUGCCGUCACGCAAAAACACACUCAUACGAGUUUUUCUCAUGUCCGUCUGCACUAUGGUUCCAGAUACCGCCGUGAAAACACCGCCAACUCGUCGGUCUCAUCCCUUCAGUUCUCUAACUGCCCACGAAAUUGUCACCGCAGCCAAAAUCGUCCGUCAGAAUGCCAGCCUCCGCCAUCUUGUCGAGGCCGACUUGAUUGUCACUAAGAUAAUCACGCUUCUCGAAGCACCGAAGCGUCCGAUGAUCCCCUACCUAGACAACGAGUACGGGGAUACACUUCAGCCCGGUGACGAUAUUGCCAUUCCUCGCUGCGCCGAAGUCCACUACUGCAUCCAGGGCCAAGCACAAAUGUAUACGAGCGUGGUGUGCCUGACCACAUCCCAGGAAUCCUCUCAUGUCGCCGUGCCCAAGCCUCAUCAGGGGAUUGUCGACCCAAUCGAGUACAGGGCCGUUUUCGCCAUCGUCGCCAGCUCCUCCGAAUGGGCGACCGCAGUGUCCUCGCUAGGCUUGCCCGCUGGCGUGAACUUGUCAUACGAUGUAGUCUUGUAUGGCGCGGACAAAGACACUGGUCCUAACCCCCUGAGGUACCUUCGGGGGUGGGCGUACGCUCUGGGUCCCGCGGGGAGCAAUCCAGAGAGCAAGAUGUACUCAUUUCCCCUGCCAUUGUCACACGUGGUUGAUGUCGCGAACAAGACUGUGGUCCGUAUUGAUCCCAUGCCCGCAGACGGGAUUCCCAACGAACGCAUACCUUCGCCGUGCGCUUCGCCAAACUGGGCCAGCGGCACCGCUCUAGACGGAUGCCAACCCAAUGACUACCAUCCGGAUCUGCUCCGGCAGCCUCGUCAGGAUCUACGACCUCUCCAUAUCGUCCAGCCCGAGGGAGUGAGCUUCACAGUCACGGAUGGCUCGCUCGUAGAAUGGCAGAAGUGGCGGUUCCGCGUGCGCUUCGACUUUCGAGAGGGCAUGGUGCUGCAUGAUAUCCGGUAUGAUAACCGGUCGCUGUUCUACCGCCUGAGUAUGAGCGAGAUGACGGUGCCAUAUGCUGACCCUCGCGCGCCGUAUCACAUCAAACAGGCUUUCGACCUAGGAGAUGCGGGUGCGGGGGCUGUGGCGAACGCCCUCCGGUUAGGUUGUGAUUAUUUGAGAGGUAUUUACUAUUUUGAUGGGAUUGUUAAUAAUAUGCAGGGGAAGGCGAUUACAAUGCCCAAUGCCAUAUGUCUCCAUGAAGAAGACGACGGGGCUUUGUGGAAACAUACAAACGGAAUGACCGGGGCUGCUGUGGCAGCUCGAUCCCGCGUCUUAGUUAUACAGACUACAAUGACUCUGAGGAACUACGAUUAUAUAAUGGCUUGGAGAUUCGACCAAGCUGCCGGGCUCACGUAUGAGAUCGGUGCGACGGGAAUCCUAUCCACUUGUCCCAUCGACCCUGGGUCGUCGCGAUGGGGAACGGUUGUCGCUCCUCGCGUCCUGGCUCAGAAUCAUCAGCACAUGAUGUGCUGGAUGAGGGAGGCUGUCCCAUUGCCCCUUGACGACGAAGCUAACGUCUACGGAAACGCAUGGGAGGUGCGGAAAAGACAUAUAGAGAAGUCCGGCUUCGAAGACGCGGAUCCUCUCCGAAAUCGUACGUGCAAAAUCGUCAAUGAGGGCAAAAUCAACGGAAUCUCUGGGAAUCCCGUGGGAUACAAGGUGGCCGCACCACCUUCGCAGCUGCUUCUCGCCCACCCAUCAUCCGUGGUGGCGAGGAGGGCAAAGUUCGCUCAGCACCACCUCUGGGUCUCUAAAUACCGCGAUGGGGAUCUCUGGGCUGGGGGGAAAUGGACUACGAAUUCGUAUGAGGAGAUUGAUGGGAUCUCUAGCUAUGUGGCGAGAGAUGGGGGUGUGAGGAAUGAGGAUCUGGUGGUCUGGGUGACUAUGGGGAUGACGCAUAUUCCUCGAGUGGAAGAUUUUCCUGUCAUGCCGACGGAGAAGAUACGUUUGAUGUUGAAGCCAGCGGAUUUCUUUUCGUGUAACCCGGCGAUUGAUGUGCCUACAAAUGUGCAGAAUCCUUCUUCUAAGCAUACUUUGGCUGAUGGGACGCAGGUGCAAAACGACAAUGGAGGUUGCCACUGACAUUGCAUGCGCAUCGGAUUAUCCUUGGAUAGAUACAUGAUAUUAAUGUAAAGAGC